CUCCCCCCUCUCUUCCUGUAGUCUCCAUGUUGGAUUUCAGCCUGAGCAGUUGUUCGUGGCAGCCCCCCCCCUGCAGGGUGGAGUCUCAGUGAGUCUGUGCAGAGCGGACAGGGAGGAACCAAGCGAGAAAACUCUGACUGUGUCCGUUUCCUCUGUGAACCAUCCGACUCUACCGGACUCUACAGAUCCACCGAAAACACCUUCACCAGGUCCGCCGCGGCACGAGGAGGGGGAGGAGGAGGACGCACGCGCUCAGAGAACUUCUGAUCAUCCUGACGGAGCAGGAGGACUGUUCACUCUAUCUGCUCUACAUCAGGUGUGUGAGGGUGUAGGUGCAGAGCAGUCAUCAUGGUGGCGCUGUCGCUGAAGAUCGGCGUGGGGAAUGUGGUGAAGACGAUGCAGUUUGAGCCCUCCACCAUGGUCUACGACGCCUGCAGGAUCAUCCGGGAGCGAGUCCCCGAGGCCCAGCUGGGACAGCCCAACGACUAUGGCCUGUUUCUGUCAGAUGAAGACCCAAAGAAGGGGAUCUGGUUAGAGGCCGGAAAGGCUCUGGACUACUAUAUGCUGAGGAACGGAGACACUCUGGAGUACAAGAAGAAGCAGAGACCUUUGAAGAUCAGGAUGUUGGACGGGACCGUGAAGACCGUCAUGGUGGACGACUCCAAGAUCGUCAGCGACAUGCUGAUGACCAUCUGUGCCAGGAUAGGCAUCACUAACUAUGACGAGUACUCGUUGGUGCGGGACAUCUUGGAGGAGAAGAAGGAGGAGACGACGGGGACCUUGAAGAGAGACAAAACUCUGCUGAGAGACGACAAGAAGAUGGAGAAGCUGAAGCAGAAGCUGCACACAGACGACGAGCUGAACUGGUUGGACCACGGGCGGACUCUGAGGGAGCAGGGCGUGGAGGAGACUGAGAUGCUGCUGCUCAGGAGGAAGUUCUUCUACUCAGACCAGAACGUGGACUCCAGAGACCCGGUCCAACUCAACUUGCUCUACGUUCAGGCCCGUGAUGACAUCCUGAACGGCUCUCACCCGGUCUCCUUUGAUAAGGCGUGUGAGUUCGCAGGUUAUCAGUGUCAGAUCCAGUUUGGGGACCACAACGAGAACAAGCACAAGCCGGGAUUCUUAGAUCUGAAGGAGUUUCUGCCCAAAGAGUACAUCAAGAACAAAGGAGAGAGGAAGAUCUUCCAGGCUCAUAAAAACAGUCAGAACAUGACGGAGAUCGAGGCUAAAGUCAGCUACGUGAAGCUAGCUCGCUCUCUAAAAACAUACGGAGUCUCUUUCUUCCUGGUCAAGGAGAAGAUGAAGGGGAAGAACAAGCUGGUCCCUCGCCUCCUCGGCAUUACAAAGGAGAGCGUGAUGAGAGUGGACGAGAAGACGAAGGAGGUGAUCCAGGAGUGGAACCUGACCAACAUCAAACGCUGGGCGGCCUCGCCAAAGAGCUUCACCCUGGACUUUGGAGAUUAUCAGGACGGGUAUUAUUCUGUUCAGACCACAGAGGGAGAGCAGAUUGCUCAGCUGAUCGCGGGUUACAUCGACAUCAUUCUCAAAAAGAAAAAGAGUAAGGAUCAUUUUGGGCUAGAGGGCGAUGAGGAGUCCACGAUGCUGGAGGACUCGGUGUCUCCAAAGAAGUCCACCCUGCUGCAGCAGCAGUUUAACCGGGUGGGGAAGGUGGAGACGGGUUCCGUGGCUCUGCCCGCCAUCAUGAGAUCCGGAGCCGGAGGUCCAGAGAGUUUCCAGAUGGGCUCCAUGCCUCAGGCCAAACAACACAUCACCAGCGGCCAGAUGCACCGUGGACACAUGCCCCCCCUGACGUCGGCCCAGCAGGCUCUGACUGGAACCAUUAACUCCAGCAUGCAUGCGGUGCAGGCGGCUCAGGCCGCUUUGGAUGACUUCGACACUCUGCCGCCACUGGGAACAGACGCCGCGUCUCAAGCGUGGCGGAAAAACAAGAUGGAUGAGUCCAAACAUGAGAUCCACUCUCAGGUGGACGCCAUAACAGCAGGCACCGCCUCUAUGGUCAACCUCACUGCAGGUGACCCUGCAGAGACUGACUACACAGCAGUGGGCUGUGCCGUCACCACCAUCUCUUCCAAUCUGACGGAGAUGUCCAAGGGCGUGAAGCUGCUGGCAGCUCUGAUGGACGAUGAAGGAGGGAAUGGUCAGCAUCUCCUGGGAGCAGCCAAAAACCUAGCCGGUGCCGUUUCUGACAUGUUAAAGACCGCACAGCCCGCCAACACCGAGCCUCGGCAGAUCCUGCUGCAGGCUGCAGGAAACGUGGGUCAGGCCAGCGGAGAGCUGCUGUCUCACAUCGGAGAGACUGACACGGACCCUCAGUUCCAGGACAUGCUAAUGCAGCUAGCUAAAGCGGUGGCUAGUGCGGCGGCUGCUUUGGUUCUGAGGGCGAAGAACGUGGCUCAGAAGAGCGAGGACUCGGCUCAACAGAACCGAGUCAUCGCUGCAGCCACGCAGUGCGCUCUGUCCACGUCACAGCUGGUGGCCUGCACCCGGGUGGUGGCUCCCACCAUCAGCUCCCCGGUGUGUCAGGAGCAGCUGAUCGAGGCGGGAAAGCUGGUGGCUAAAUCAGUGGAGGGCUGCGUGGAGGCAUCACAAGGAGCGACCAAUGACGAGGGGCUCCUGAAGCAGGUGGGCGUGGCCGCCACAGGUGUGACUCAGGCGCUCAACGAGCUGCUGCAGCACAUCAAGCAGUACGCCAGCGGGGGACACCCGAUCGGACGACACGGAGAGGCCACGGACCGAAUCCUCGACGUCACCGAGAACAUCUUCAGCUCCAUGGGAGACGCAGGUGAGAUGGUGCGGCAGGCUCGUAUCCUCGCUCAGGCCACCUCUGAUCUGGUCAACGCCAUCAAGAUGGACGCUGAAGCGGAGUCUGACCUGGAGAACUCUCGCAAACUGCUGUCAGCUGCCAAACUGCUCGCUGACGCCACGGCAAAGAUGGUGGAGGCUGCAAAGGGAGCAGCAGCGAACCCAGACAGUGAGGAGCAGCAGCAGAAGCUCAGGGAAGCAGCUGAAGGUCUCCGUAUGGCCACAAAUGCUGCCGCACAGAACGCCAUCAAGAAACGGCUCGUCAACAAGCUGGAGAAUGCAGCCAAGCAGGCGGCAGCAGCAGCGACUCAGACGAUCGCUGCAGCUCAACAUGCAGCUUCAUCCAACAAGAACCCGGCAGCUCAGCAACAACUGGUCCAGAGCUGCAAGGUGGUAGCAGAGCAGAUCCCUCAGCUGGUUCAGGGAGUCAGAGGCAGUCAGUCUCAGCCCGACAGUCCUAGCGCUCAGCUCGCUCUCAUCAGUGCCUCACAGAACUUCCUGCAGCCCGGAGCUAGGAUGGUGACAGCGUCCAAGUCCACGGUUCCCACCAUCAGUGACCAGGCAUCAGCCAUGCAGCUUAGCCAGUGUGCCAAGAACCUGGCCAGCGCCCUGACUGAGCUCCGCACGGCGUCUCAGAAGGCUCAGGAGGCGUGCGGUCCGCUGGAGAUCGAUAACGCUCUGUCGAUGGUCAGAGGACUGGAGAAAGACCUGCUGGAGGCCAAAGCUUCCUCUCAGGAGGGCAAACUGAAACCUCUACCUGGAGAGACGCUGGAGAAAUGCUCUCAGGAUGUGGGGACGAGCACUAAAGCGGUGAGCUCAGCCAUGGCUCAGCUGCUGAGUGAAGCCACGCAAGGCAAUGAGAACUACACAGGUAUGGCAGCUCGAGAUGUCGCUCAGGCUCUGAAGUCGCUAGCGUCUGCAGCUCGAGGAGUUGCAGCCACCACGGACGAUCCCCAGGCUCGAACAGCCAUGUUGGACUGCGCCCGAGACGUCAUGGACAAAUCAGCCAAUCUGAUCGAAGAGACAAAGAGAGCCAUCGCCAAACCAGGAGACGCUGAGAGUCAACAGAGGCUAGCUCAGGUGGCCAAAGCAGUGUCUCAGGCUUUGAACAGGAGUGUGAACUGCCUGCCUGGUCAGAGAGAUGUUGACAACGCCAUCAGGACUGUGGGCGAGGCCAGCAAGACUCUGCUCUCUGAUUCAUUCCCAUCCAGUGGGCGGAGCUUCCAGGAGGUCCAGUCUCAGCUGAAUGAGGUGGCGGCCGGUCUGAACCAAUCAGCUAAUGAGGUGGUGCAAGCCUCUAGAGGUACCACCCAGGACCUGGCCCGGGCCACCAGCAAGUUCGGACAUGACUUCAGCACCUUCCUGGAGGCCGGGAAAGACAUGGCAGGAACUUCACAGUCCAAAGAGGACCAGACUCAGGUGGUCUCUAACCUGAAGACCAUCUCCAUGUCCUCCAGCAAACUGCUGCUGGCUGCUAAAGCUCUUUCCACAGACCCGUCCUCCCCCAACCUCAAGAACCAGCUGGCCUCCGCCGCCAGGGCGGUGACAGAAAGCAUCAAUCAGCUGAUCACCAUGUGCACUCAGCAGGCCCCGGGUCAGAAAGAGUGUGACAAUGCCCUCAGAGAGCUGGAGUCGGUGAAGGGGAUGCUGGAGAACCCGACAGAGGCUGUGAACGAGUCGUCGUACUUUGACUGCAUUGACAGCGUGAUGGAGAACUCGAAGGUACUGGGUGAGUCCAUGGCAGGUAUUUCCCAUCAUGCAAAGAACUCCAACCUUCCUGAGUUUGGGGAUUCAGUGAGCGGAGGAUCGAAGGCUCUGUGUGGUCUGACGGAGGCUGCAGCUCAGGCAGCUUAUCUGGUGGGUGUGUCAGACCCUAACAGCUCAGCUGGUCAGAAGGGUCUGGUGGACCCGGCUCAGUUUGCCCGGGCUAACCAGUCCAUCCAGAUGGCCUGUCAGAACCUGGUGGACCCGGCCUGCACCCAGUCUCAGGUGCUCUCUGCUGCCACCAUCGUAGCCAAACACACCUCAGCUCUAUGUAACGCCUGCCGCCUCGCCUCCUCUAAGACAUCAAACCCUGUGGCGAAGAGGCAGUUCGUCCAGUCCGCCAAAGAGGUCGCCAACACCACCGCCAACCUGGUCAAGUCCAUCAAGGCUCUGGACGGAGCCUUUAACCAGGAGAACAGGGAGAAAUGUCGAGCAGCGACUGGACCUCUGAUUGAAGCCGUGGAUAAUCUGACCGCCUUCGCCUCUAACCCAGAGUUCGCCAGCAUCCCGGCUCAGAUCAGCCCUGAGGGUCAUGCUGCCAUGGAGCCCAUUGUCGUGGCAGCAAAGAUGAUGCUGGAGAGCUCCACCGGUCUGAUCCAGACCGCCCGCUCUCUUGCUGUCAACCCCAAAGACCCGCCAAAAUGGUCGGUGCUCGCUGGACACUCCAGGACGGUCUCUGACUCCAUCAAGAAGCUCAUCACCAACAUGAGAGAGAAGGCUCCCGGGCAGAGAGAGUGUGAUGAUGCUAUUGAGGUGUUGAACGGUUGCAUCAGAGAGGUCGACCAGGCGUCACUCGCUGCUAUCAGCCAACAGCUCACACCACGAGAGGACAUCUCCAUGGAGACACUCCACGAGCAGAUGGCGGCGUCCGUCCAUGAGAUCAGUAACCUGAUCGAUCCGGUCGCUGUGGCUGCUCGAUCUGAGGCCUCCCAGCUCGGACACAAGGUGUCUCAGAUGGUCAGUUACUUUGAGCCCCUCAUCAUGGCGGCCAUCGGCACGGCGUCUAAGAUCCUGAGCAGCCAGCAGCAGAUGGCGGUCUUAGACCAGACCAAGACCCUGACAGAGUCCGCCCUGCAGAUGCUCUACACUGCCAAGGAGGCCGGAGGAAACCCCAAGGCAGCUCACAUGCAGGAGGCUCUGGAGGAGUCGGUGCAGAUGAUGAAGGAGGCAGUGGAUGAUCUCGGGGCCACCCUGGCUGAAGCAGCGAGUGCAGCGGGGGCAGUGGGUGGCAUGGUGGACUCCAUCAAUGACGCCAUCAACAAGAUGGAGGACUCGCCUGCUCUGGAACCUGAAGGCACCUUCGUGGACUAUCAGACCACCAUGGUGAAGACGGCCAAGGCCAUCGCCGUCACCGUGCAGGAGAUGGUGACCAAGUCGAACACGAACCCUGACGAUCUCGGAGGGUUAGCCAACCAGCUGACCAACGAGUUUGGAAAUCUGGCCGAUGAGGCCAAAUACGCAGCGAUCACAGCAGAGAACGACGAGAUUGGCUCCCACAUUAAGAAGCAGGUGGGCGAGCUUGGAUUCAGCUGCACCGGUCUGGUGACCAAAGCCGGAGCUCUGCAAUGCAGCCCCAACGACUCGUUCACCAAGAAGGAGCUGAUUGAGAGCGCCCGCAAAGUCUCCGAGAAGGUGUCUCAUGUGUUAGCAUCCCUGCAGGCCGGUAACCGUGGCACGCAGGCCUGCAUCACUGCCGCCAGUGCCGUGUCCGGGAUCAUCGCUGACCUCGACACCACCAUCAUGUUCGCCACUGCCGGGACUCUGAACAGAGAGAAUGCAGAGACGUUCGCUGACCACAGGGAGCUGAUCCUGAAGACGGCCAAAGCUCUGGUGGAGGACACCAAGCUGCUGGUCUCUGGAGCCGGAGCGAGUCAGGAGAAACUGGCUCAGGCCGCCCAGUCCUCCGUUUGCACAAUCACCAAACUGGCUGAUGUGGUCAAACUGGGAGCUGCCAGUCUGGGAUCAGAGGACCCAGAGACACAGGUGGUUCUGAUCAAUGCAGUGAAGGACGUCGCCAAAGCUCUGGGGAACCUGAUUAGCACCACCAAGGCGGCUGCAGGAAAACCACAUGAUGAUCCCAGCAUGCUGCAUCUCAAGAACUCUGCCAAGGUGAUGGUGACCAACGUGACGUCUCUCCUGAAGACGGUGAAGGCGGUGGAGGACGAGGCCACGAAGGGAACCCGGGCUCUGGAGUCCACCAUCGAGCACAUCAAGCAGGAGCUGGCUGUGUUCAGCAGCUCUGAGCAUCCUGCAAAGACCACAACACCUGAGGAGUUCAUCCGCACGACCAAAGGCAUCACCAUGGCAACAGCCAAAGCAGUGGCUGCUGGGAACUCGUGUCGUCAGGAGGACAUCAUCGCAACGGCGAACCUGAGCCGCAGAGCCAUCGCCGACAUGCUGCACUCCUGCAAGGAAGCAGCCUAUCACCCUGAAGUCAGUAAUGAGGUCCAGAUGAGAGCUCUGCGUUACGGGAACGAGUGUGCGACAGGAUACCUCGGCCUGCUGGAGCACGUGCUGGUGAUCAUCCAGAAGCCGACUCAUGAUCUGAAGCAGCAGCUGGCUGGUUACUCCAAGAGGGUGGCGGGCUCUGUCACCGAGCUCAUCCAGGCCGCAGAGGCCAUGAAAGGCACAGAGUGGGUGGACCCUGAGGACCCCACUGUGAUUGCAGAGAAUGAGCUGCUGGGAGCGGCUGCAGCCAUUGAAGCAGCUGCCAAGAAAUUGGAGCAGCUGAGACCCCGGACCAAACCCAAGGAGGCCGAUGAGACGCUGAACUUUGAGGAGCAGAUUCUGGAGGCAGCCAAGUCGAUCGCAGCAGCGACCAGCGCUCUGGUUAAAGCAGCUUCAGCUGCUCAGAGAGAGCUGGUGGCUCAGGGGAAGGUGGGGGCGAUCCAGGCCAACGCGGUGGAUGAUGGUCAGUGGUCUCAGGGACUGAUCUCAGCUGCUCGGAUGGUUGCAGCGGCAACCAACAACUUGUGUGAGGCAGCCAACUCGGCGGUUCAGGGACACGCCAGUGAGGAGAAACUCAUCUCCUCAGCCAAACAGGUUGCAGCGUCCACCGCCCAGCUUCUGGUCGCCUGUAAGGUGAAGGCCGACCAGGACUCCCAGACCAUGAAGAGACUACAGGCUGCAGGUAAUGCCGUGAAGCGAGCGUCUGACAACCUGGUAAAAGCGGCUCAGAAAGCAGCGUUUGACGCCCAGGAUGAUCAGGCUGUGGUGGUGAAGAGUAAAAUGGUUGGAGGCAUCGCACAGAUCAUUGCAGCUCAGGAGGAGAUGCUGAGGAAGGAAAGGGAGCUGGAAGAGGCGAGGAAGAGGCUGGCGACGAUUCGACAGCAGCAGUACAAGUUCCUGCCAUCUGAGCUGAGAGAGGAUGGACAGGAGCAGUGAGACCAGGAGACCUGGACCCUCAGGAUCUCCCAGGACCCCUCAAGCACACCCCCAGGACCCUUCAGAACCAACCAGUUUACCAAAAAUAUUCAUAGAAGAGACCAGAUCCACCUGUUGUCACCACACCUGUCUCUGUGAGGACAGAGAGGUGUCUGUACGCCUUAUAAAGAUAUCUGUGCUUUCAUAUAUCUGAUCAUUUACCUUUAUAUAAAUAUACAUGUGUCUGUAUUUCUCCUUCUUUGGUGUCUGCUGCAUGUUUGAGCAGCCUGCCUGAGACAGGCUGCUCUCUGUAUUUCCUAUGCAAACACUGAUGUUUGAAUCUAUGCAACUCUCUAUGCAGACGAUGUGUUAGUUUAUGAAGAUGUAGGAGUGUCUCAGUGUUUGUUUUAAAAUCGUGAUAUUCAGUUUAAUCUGAAAAAAGGACAAAAUAAAGUGUUAAAGUUUAGAUUUGGAACUUUGCGUCAGAACAAAUCAGAUAAAAACAUUAUUUUUAUAAAGACGAGCUGUUUUUAAUGUUUGUGUUCAGUAUUGUCAGCAGCAGAUUAUUAGAUUAUCAGAUUAUUAGAUUAUUAGAAUAUUAGAGCAGUUUGUGUAAAGAUGACGAAGCCAUAUAUUUAACAUCUGUUUGACUGUAUUUGGUGCUCAGUGUUCUAUUAUUUCUGUGCUAAUGUUAGCGGCUAACACCUUACACUCUUUAUGAUGAUCACAUGAUGUUUCUACUUCCUGUAUUAAUGAGCAGCAGGUUAAAUGGGCCUAAAACUUGUGACUGAGUGAGUCUCCCAAGUGCCUCCAUCAGGUAUCAAUAAGUGAUAUCAUUAACCUGUAAGAGCACUUCAGCAAUAACAUGACUGAUCAAACCAGCGCUGACACGAACGUGUCUGAUACGAACGUGUCUGUAAUCCCACAGUGUGUAUUUUUCUGCUCACGCUCUGUUUGUACGUCAUCACUGUAACAAAGAUUUAUAUCAAUAAAGUUUCAGUCAAACGCUCUGA